CAUGCACCCGUCAUACGUACGCUCCUGCUAAAUGCUAAGUGUUAGCUGAGUGGCUAUUCUCCGCAUAGUUUCCUGUUGCUGUUGAUCUCUACGGGCACACCGGCCACAAUUACCAGCAAACUUGUCCAGAAAAACCGCAAACCUCCUCCAAGAGCACCUGUGUGUCCGUGUCGGGCCGUAGCCAUGGCUCUGCAAGGCCCGGAGGAGCUGGGGGAGCAGGUCGAAGAGCCGGAGGAUUUGGACGACCAGGACGCUAGUAGCAUCUCCCCGGCCGAAGAGAUAACGCUGCCCCCCGGGCCCGGAGGCGACGAGGAGACGGAGGAGGCUGUCCUGCUGCCGUGGGACCGUUUCUCCGCCUGGCUGCACUGCAUCUGCGUGGUCGGCUUCGACCUGGAGCUGGGACAGGCAGUGGAGGUCAUUUAUCCUCAUCAUUCCAAACUGUCAGAGAAAGAGAAAACGAGCAUCUGCUACCUUUCCUUCCCUGACUCUAACUCAGGUUGCCUUGGAGACACACAGUUCUGCUUCCGCUUCCGUCAGGGUUCCAACAAAAAGUCGUCACUCUGCAGCUUCCUGGAAACCAGCGACCGAGACGCACCGCCCUGCCUGAAGAGGGAACAGGGUCAUUACUACGGUUACGUGUACUUCCGUCAAGUGCGAGACAAAUCUCUGAAGAGAGGAUACUUCCAGAAGUCGCUGGUCCUGAUCAGUAAGCUGCCCUAUGUCACCUUCUUCCACUCGCUGCUGAAGAUCAUGGCUCCAGAAUACUUUGAGAAACAGGAGCCCUGCCUGGAGGCCGCUUGUAAUGACAUCGACCGCUGGCCGACGCCCCACCCUGGACGGAUCCUCACACUGCCGACGAUGGGUGUGGUCAUCAAGGUUCGCAUCCCGACCUGUUACGACAAACCAGGAACUUCACAGCUGGUCCAGUCCGCCCAGAGCGACAGUCUGGUGUCCAUCGUCCUCCCGACCAUCCAUGAAGUCGACCUGUUCAGGUGUUUCUACCCGGUGUUCUUCCACAUCCAGAUGCUGUGGGAGUUGGUGUUGCUGGGGGAGGCGCUGGUCGUCAUGGCGCCGUCUCCAGCAGAGUCAUCGGACACCGUGCUGGCGCUGGUCAGCUGUAUCUCUCCUCUGCGCUACUGCAGUGACUUCCGGCCGUACUUCACCAUCCAUGACAGCGAGUUUAAGGAGUACACCACCAGGACUCAGGCUCCGCCGUCAGUCAUUCUGGGAGUCACUAAUCCCUUCUUUGCUAAAACUCUGCAGCACUGGCCGCACAUCAUCCGCAUUGGAGACAUGAAGCAAGCAGGAGAGAUGGCCAAACAAAUGAAAGUCAAGAAACUGAAGAACCUCAAGACUCUAGACUCUAAACCUGGUGUGUACACUGCAUACAAGCCGUAUUUGAACAAAGAUGAAGAAAUCAUCAAACAGCUUCAGAAGGGUGUUCAACAGAAGAGACCGUCAGCAGCACAAAAUGCAAUCCUUCGACGCUACUUCUUAGAACUGACACAGAGUUUCAUCAUUCCACUGGAGCGGUACGUGGCCAGUCUGAUGCCUCUCCAGAAGUCCAUCAGCCCCUGGAAGAGUCCUCCUCAGCUACGACCGUUCAUUCAGCAGGACUUCAUGAAGACGCUGGAGAAAGCUGGACCUCAGCUCACAUCCAGACUGAAAGGAGACUGGAUUGGACUCUACAGGCAUUUCCUCAAGUCUCCCAACUUUGACGGCUGGUUCCGCAGCAGGAGGAGAGAGAUGACCCAGAAACUAGAGGCCCUGCAUCUGGAGGCGCUGUGUGAGGAGGAUCUGCAGCAGAGAAUCCAGAGGCACACAGAGGUGGAGACGGUGGAUCUGGUUCUGAAGCUGAAGGAUAAACUGAGUCAGGCGGAGAGGGAGCAGCUCCCAGUGCGUCCAGGGACCCUCCCCAAGCUCAGAGCCCACAUCCAGUCCAUCAUCCAGACCUUACCAGACGACCUGCAGGGCAUCCUCCACAAGCCCUCCACACCCUGACGGAGGCUGGCCUCAGCUGGACCUGAAGUCUGGAGGAGGAGGUCUGGUCCCAGUCGCUUCCUGUCUGGCUGGACUGGGUGGAACAUGGAAAGCACAUCCAGCUUCAGUUCUGUCGGAUUCUUCCUGCACUGCUGCAGCUCAGUGGGAGUUAAAAACAAGCAGCCGGACCGGAUCAGAGCUGCCUGACACGAACUCUUGUGAAGUGGUGUUAAAGAUGGCAGCACACAGACGUGGGAGCCGUGGUGACCUCCCUGCAGCAUCAGACUAAACAUCAACUGAUCCUUUUUACCUCUACACCUUUUGGAGUUUUUCAUCCAUUUUUAAAAACUUUUAAAAGAAGUGCACUUCAUCAUUAACUGGACCGGUGUGCCCAAUACACACACACACACACACACACACACACACACACACACACACACACACACACACACACACACACACACACACACACACACACACACACACAGACACACACACACACACACACACUAUUAUGCAAACAAACUGAACAGAGCAGAGCCAAGCAGUGCUUUACAGUGAAACGUUACUAAAACACACUCAGCAUUAUGCACCAGCGACCCUCUAAUCCUGUCAGCCAAUCACAUCUCUGCAUUCGUGUCACAUGACCUCUGUGUAGCCCAUCACAGCAGCCUGGGGAAACCUUCAGAAUGGUGUUAAAUGUUCAGGAAUCUAGACAUGGUGUGGCGUUCUAUUUGUGCUUUUGUGCAGACGGAAUCAAAAGCAGAAUUUUUUGUCUGUUUUCAUGGGAUGUGAGCUUUGGGACCCCACAGAGAGGAUAGUUAGAAAUGUUAAAAACUGUCAGAUGUUAAAUCCAAGUGAUGACGGUGAUUUAAAAGUUGGUCUUUUUAAGGGAAAACUAUGAAACAUGUAAAAUUAUGAUGUUUCAUGUUUAUGUAUUUGAUAAAACAUCAUCCAGAAUUCUGAGAUGGUGAGAAAAAUGAUGUUUAUAGUGAAACAUUAGGACAGGACUAAAUGUAUUCAGUGCUGUGAGGAGCGGCUGUGUAUUUCACCUAAACUAAACCACUACUGAAGCCACGUUCAUACCUGCAGACCAACACAGGCUGCUCUGAAGCCAGCCCUGUGGAUGGGUGGAUAUCUGAAGUAAGGAGUGUCACUGCUGAUCAUUAGUCAUCUUCUGAAUGUAAUGAUAUAUAUGCUCUGGGUCAACACACCCACUGAAUUCUGUUGCCUGACAAAACCGUUUUAAAUGAGCCUUAAAGUCUUCAGCGAGGGGUUUAUUUCAGCUCACUUCUUUUAAUUGUGACAAACGCUGCAGCAGUUCUUGUUGUUAUGUUGCAGUGUAAUUCCAACAUACGUAUCAAACGUUACUAUUCCAAUUUUCUACGUUACAAACCAAAGUAUUUUGUCAAGUAUGGAAGCCAGUGAAAAGCUUCAGCACCGGUAUACAUGAUCGUAUAGUUCUCUCUUUUUAGCAUCAUUCUGACUCCGUUUCUCACAACUUUUAUCCUUUUUUUGGUUGAAAUUCUUGACUAAUUCUGUGACUUAAAAUUGGUUUUGAGCUGUGAACAUGAAAUAAUUCUGACUUUGUUUCUCAAAACUUUUGUUUGGAAAGUUAAGACUUUGAAAAAGAGUCACUAUUGUGAGUCAGUGAAAUGAGUAAAUCCUGUAAGUUUGUUUUGUAGAGUUCAUAAAAAUCUGGACCUAAUUUUGAGCCCACAAACGUUUGUUUCCCGUACUUUUUACAUUGUAAUUUUUGUUGUGUAAAUGGCCUUCCGUAGAUACUCAUCGGGUAUCGUAUUUCUGGUGAUUAUGAGCCAUUAAAGCUCAUGUUCGUCCUUCACACCUGCAUGAAGGAAACUAGAAGUCCAGCUAGCGGCUCACUGAGGCCAUCAGAGGCUGUGUGUUUGAACCAGUGUGCUGUGAGGAGGUCAGCAUCAUGACUGGUCUGGACUGGUACCUGUAAAACACUACAGCUCACUGCAGCUCCUUUUAUGAUUUGAAGCCUUACAGGAAGGAGAGCAGAACCAGACGGCAAGAUUGGUUCGCAUAAAGACAUGAGAUUUUUUAGACUUUUAGCUUUAUUUUACACUAAAUUUAUUGUGAGAAAGAUGCUAAAGAGACACUUUUCAUAGAGCUGUAACCCUCUGCCCAAACGGUUUCCACUGUCUUCUGAUGAACAGAUUAGACAGUAAAGGAUGAAUUGUGACUGCAUGUUUAGACCUGAACAGUCAUCAAACCAAAGCCAGGCUGUCAGAACAUCGCUCUGCAUGUGUACCCCACAUGGACAGUUUUUCACCUGAGACUGUAAGUUUUUGUGUUGAUAUUUGUGUCAGUGGAGCUGCAAGAUCAAAUCCUCUUCAGCAAACAGUAACUGACUCUCUGAACUCCAGUCUCUGUUUUCCUGAACCUCUGUGGAAGAGAUGAGAGGUCGGGAACUGGGAACUGUCAUAAAUAAUGUCAUAAGAAAAUAAAAGACAGUUGAUUUUUGUUAUUUCACAAAAUUUGAAAACUCUGAACAUGAACAUUUCCAAACAUUUUCCCCACAGUUGUUCCUAAUGAACAUGAAUGGUGAAUCUACACUGCAGCUGGUUUUCUACUUCCACUUUUAGUCUUAGACUGUACUUGUGUCCACACAGCCUGCAGUUCUCCCUGAGUUCUGAUGACAGGACUGCAGCUCACAGCGGAGACACUAAUGACUUUAAAACUGCAACAAGGAAUGCAGGAUUUUAGUGUUUCUUUCACAGAAUUUAUGUAGAAUGAAGUCAUGUUGGUGAAGAGUUUUUAUCUUAACAGGAGAGAUGGUUACUUCAACGACCGUUGGAAAAUUCAACAUCCAACAGUUCUCUCUGUUUUUACAGUUUCUAGCUCGGAUAAAUUGUGUAUUUUUUUAAACACUGGAGAGUUCAGAGGGUUAAACUACAGAUGUAAAAAUGUGUGCUAAAGGGUCACAUGCUGCAAUAAACGGGCCAAAGUCGUCAGUCUGGUAUUAAAAUGAAUGAAUUCAUAAACAUUCCUGAACACCUCUCAACGUCAAAGCAAUAAUGUGGUAACAGGGGCAUCUAAGUUACUCUGGAGUUUGUAUUUUAUUUUCAGAGAAUACCUUUCUGUGGCUGGUGUUUGUUUUGAGAACACAUCUGCGGCUAACUGAUGUUGGCCUUUUAUUUACUUUUCUGUUUGGUUCUUUGCCAUCAUGUAAUGCAUCUUUUUUUAAUGCUUAGAAAAUGACAUUUUUGAGCAGACAAACAUGUAAAGAAUAAUAUGUACUGGUUGGAAAACCUGUGGCAUCCGGUUGUUGGGCAACCAUGUGAGUUUUAUAUUUGUAAAAACGAACUACAAAUUUAUGGAGGGCUAUUCUCAUAUUCCACUCUAUAGAGAAUUAGAGGUUUUGUACAUAAAGGUGUGAAGUGAAAGCCCACAUACAGAUGAGGAAGACCAAGUAUUUUGCUAUUGCAGUCUUGUUAAUCACACAGAUAACAUUUACUCUAUGUAACGGUCAUUUACUUUUCUUAGAGUGUUGUAAGAACAUUUGUAGUUUGUUUUGCUCACAGCCACUGUGAGAAAGCGACUCCUCUUUGCUGACCCUGGAAACGUCUCGCUAACGUUGUCAUUUGUAAAUGACUGACUUUAAUGAAGAACUGCUGAUGGAUAUGUGUGCAGAAAGAUGCAGGAAACCACUAAGAGACUGCAGGUGGACGUUAGCUAAAUCUGGUGCAUCUGUUUUUGUACGUGGUUCAUGACAAAAAAAUGCAAUAAAGUAAUCCUGAAUUAUGUAAA